GAAUCGUCAGACAGAGAUUUGGAAGCGAGGGAAGGAAUGAGGUUAUAGCAGCUGAAGAGCUCUUUUGCUAGCUCCUAGCCGAGCUCUCUCAGGCUUAUAGCGAGCUUUUAUAAAGCUUAGCUAUUUUGUCGGGUUUAACAUCGGAUUCUAGAUCUAUUUUUUUUUUUUUUUUUGCUUUGCAUGAAAUGAAGUGAGGGAAGUUUUAAGACAUCUUAGUGAGAAUUUUUUUUUCCAGUUCGCCCGCAGAAUUCCUGAAUAUUUUAGGCUAUUUUUUGCUUUUUUUUUCGAAAUUAUUUUGGUGACAUUAGACCCGUGUCUACUGUCGCUUCUUGCAUUUCGGCAUUUCCCCCGUUUUUAAAUUUUUUUCUGAAAGUUUUGGGUAGAAAGGAGCCCGUUUUCUAAAAUAAGGACAGCAUGAAGACCGAAGUAUUUAUGGGUGGAACCCCAGGUAUGAGAGAGACAACGAAUAUCCAUUCCUUGCCGAAAGCUACGGAAGAUCCUGUGACAAUAUUGUUACUGGAUACUCCUCAGAACACCCCUGUUGGAACUCCAGGCUCAGAUAUCCAUAUAUCUUCAGAUGAUACUACUGAACUUUUGGAUAACCUUGAAAAUGCUGUUCAGGAAUCAAACAAUGACGUUCUGCGGUCUGCGCCCAAACCAAUUGAAACUCCUAAAAGCCAACAACCACGAAGGCGUAGGAAAAAGAAACGCACAGGAUCAUGUUGUGAUAAUUUUACAGAUAUAUAUCGGUUAACAGAUGAGGUUCUUGGUGAAGGUGCCUGUGCUUCUGUGCGAACUUGUGUCCAAAUUAAUUCUGGGCAGGAGUUUGCAGUCAAGAUAAUUAUGAAGGAACCUAGCCACCCUAGAGAAAGAGUGUUUCGUGAGAUAGAAACAUUCCAUCACUGUAGAGGCCAUCAGAAUAUUAUUCAACUCGUUCAGUUUUUUGAGGAAUCUGAUAGAUUCCUUCUUAUUUUUGAAAAAGUUUAUGGAGGUCCUCUGUUGGCUCAUAUUCAAAAAAGGGUCCAUUUUACUGAACAUGAAGCUAGCAUGGUCAUUCGAGAUGUGGCUAAUGCACUUAAGUUUCUGCAUCAAAAGGGCAUUGCUCAUCGUGAUCUUAAGCCAGAAAAUAUUCUUUGUUUCAGUCAUGAUCAGGUAUGCCCAGUGAAAAUUUGCGAUUUUGACUUGGGAAGUGGAAUCGUUUUCAACUCUGCAUCCCCAUGCAGUACACCAGAGCUGCUCAGUCCUGUUGGCUCUGCUGAGUUCAUGGCUCCUGAAGUUGUGAAUGGUUUUAUUGGAGAAGCUACUCCUUAUGACAAGAGAUGCGAUUUAUGGAGUCUCGGCGUUAUCAUGUACAUUUUAUUAUGUGGAUAUCCUCCAUUCUAUGGUUGCUGUGGAGGCGAUUGUGGUUGGGAGAAAGGAAGUGCAUGUGAAGCUUGCCAGAGCAUGUUGUUUGACUGUAUUCAGAAGGGAGUAUAUGAAUUUCCUGAAAGAGAAUGGGCUUACAUAUCGGAUGAAGCCAAAGAUCUGAUUAGUCAUUUGCUGGUAAAAGAUGCAAGCCAGCGAUAUUCAGCUGAAAUGGUGUUAAACCAUCCUUGGGUUGCAGGUGGCGGCCCCGCUACUCUUCUGGAAACUCCUUUGGUUAUUCGAAGAAAUAACAGUGCUAGAGAUCUGGCUGCAUUCGCUGAAAAUGCGAAUGCCCUGAAAAGGUUGCAUCUUCGACACUUCAUCCACAGCAGUGGACCCUCUGUGUCAGUUCAAGAAGAAAAUGUUCCAGCUGGCUCUUCAUCCAACAGUUCAUCUAUGCUCUUCAGUUUAUCUCCAUUAAGCGAUUCAUCCUUGUAUCAGAGACGCCGUGAAAGUCAGUCUCAAAAGAGCUUGGAGCCAUUUUAGCGAUGUUCAGGAGCAUAUUGCGUCCUGAUUAUAAAAGCGGGCUUUGGUAUUUCUUAUUCGAAAUGAUAAAGGGAAGGGAGCACAUUUGUUUUGAUGGACAUAAAAAAAAAAGUAUUGCCUAUAUAUGUGGUAUUCAGAUCUGCUAUGCCAGUAAGAAUAUCCCGCUUAUGUUAUUUCUUAAGAAAAGUCUUCUUUUCAUCAUGAUCCAACGAAUAGUUCCUCUUUGUAAUUAUUGGCUGAAAUCUAUAUAAACCUUGUGAAUCGUAAAGCUGAUGUAUUUGCAAAAUCCAUGUGAAUCGAAACGCUGAUGUAUAUGCAAAAAACCUCGUUAAACGAAACUGUGAAGUGUCCUUAAAUUUUUAAAAAGUUAACAGCAGUAGCUGAAAAGUUUUUGAUUAGUGGUGAAUUAUUUGAUUUCAUUUGGUAUAUUUUUCACAUUUAAUGAUUUAAAAUUUACCAAUAUUUUAUCGAGUUGUUGUAAAAAGAAUUAGUUUUAAAUUUUACAAUCUUAAUUUAUUAUUGGAGUUACGAAAUAUCAAAUUCUACUGUAGUUGAAUUAUAUACUUAUUUAUCGAGUUAAUUAUUCAAGAACGAAUUACUAUUUAGUUUUGCUGAACGAUUGUGAAUGACAGCUUCAUAACUGAGAAGUGUUUUAAAACUUAAUACCAUUUAUGCUUUGAAUUGAUAUCUUCCAAGUUGAGAUGUUACUUAUGUUUGAGUCAUCUAAGCUUUUUAGUUUAGGUGUAUAUGAAAAGUGCAUUAACCAGAGAACAACUAGUUGCUUAUUUGAACUUCAAGAGGACCAAUCCUUUGUUUUUACAAUUUAGUAUUGCGCUAUGCAUUUUUUAUUUCCUCAUUAUGAAAAAAUGUGUUGUUGCCAUUUACAAUCAGGAAUUUAUUUUGUUAUUGGGAGGAUGUGCUUUUUUAAGAAAAAAAAAUCCCUUGCCAAAGUUCAACUACUUGUUACUUCCACCGCUCAACUGAACAGUUGCUCGGAGCACUGUAUUUUGAAUGUCCUGAGUGAUCGGGAAUGGUGCUUUUUUGUAUGUUUGAGAUUGAAAUAAAGAACCUACGUUUCAUUUGA